AGACUACAUUUCCACCCAUAAUGCACUUCGUCCUUUUAUUCCCAUCAUUCCCUGCUGCGACCAAGGACCGUCUGCACCAGUCAAGAUGGCGGAUAGACCAGUUCCCGUAGCUGAGAAGCGGCUGAUGGAUGUGAAACUGGGAGAGCUGGGAAGCUGGCUUGGAGGUCGAGACUUCACUCCCAAUGGCAUCAUCUCAGCCGUCCGCAGGGGCCACGACAGAUACUACAACAAGUACAUUAACGUGAAGAAGGGAGGCAUCGGUGGUGUAGCCAUGCUGCUGGCUGGCUACGUAGCCCUCAGCUACCUGUGGGAAUACGACCACAUCAAACAUGAUCGCUGGAGGAAGUACCACUGAGCUCCCUCAGCAGCCAUCAGACCUUCAGGGUUGAAGCUUCCCUUGCUGUUUCUAUUCUCAGCUUUGUGUAGAUAUGUGACUGUUGUGACCAAUAAACAAUACAAAGACUUA